UUCAAACAGAACACAACAGACUCCAGCGACUCCCCCAUUAUUCAGUUUCCACAUGUGUCUGGCAGCUUGAGACGGAUGAAGAGGGAGUGGGUUAUUCCUGCUAUUAACUUUCCAGAAAAUGACAGGGGUCCGUACCCCAAAUUCAUGGUGAAGCUUAAGUCCAGUAAUGAUGAAAAGGUGGUCAUCACCUACAAGAUCAGUGGACCGGGGGCAGAUCAGUCCCCUGAGGGUGUUUUUACUGUCGACCGACGAUCUGGGGCGAUGUAUGUGACCCAGCCACUGGACAGGGAGAAAAAGGCCAGAUACACGCUGUGGGCUCAGGCGCUGAAUGAGGGACUGAAGGCUGAAGAGCCAAUGGAGCUGAUCAUCAACAUCAUUGAUCAGAAUGACAACGCUCCAGAAUUCACCGUGAAUCCUCUUAUUGGCAGAGUGAGCGAAAGCGCUGAUGUUGGGGAUUCUAUCAUAAAGGCAACAGCAGUGGAUAAGGAUGAUCCAUACACAAACAAUGCCUUAAUCAGGUAUAGAAUAAUAUCUCAGAUGCCGCAUAUUCCCAAAGAUGGCAUGUUUGCCAUAAAUCCAGUGAGUGGAAUGAUCAGUCUGCAGUCAGGUGGACUGGACAGAGAGUCUCACCCAGAGUACAGCCUGAUCAUACAAGCUGCUGAUAUGCAAGGGGAGGGUUUAACAGGCACCUGCACUGUUACCAUUGUUGUAGCUGACAGCAACGAUAAUGCUCCAAAAUUCACUGUGAAAACUAUAUCCACAUCAGUCCCUGAGAAUGAAGUUGGAAUUGAGGUAGUCAGACUAAAGGUCACAGACGAUGAUGAGCUGGGAUCUCUGAACACCAACACUAAAUACUCAAUCAUCACAGGCAACAAAGGAGGAGAAUUCAGCAUCACUACAGGACCUAAUAAAAUGGAUGGAAUCAUCACAACAGCAAAGGGGCUGGAUUUUGAGAGCAUUCCCGUCUUUACUCUGCUGGUGGUGGUGACUAAUGAGGCGCCGUUUACUGGACCGGUUUCUACAUCGACAGCCACGGUCACUGUUAGAGUUGUAGACGAAAACGAACCUCCUGUUUUCAGUCCCACAGAAGUGCAUGUGAGCAUUUCAGAAGAUGUGAAAAUAGAUAGUUCUGUGGUUGACCUCAGAGCAAAGGACCCAGAUACAGCCAGGAAACAGACUGUCAGAUAUAAACUCUACAAUGACGCUGCCAGGUGGCUGAGUGUUGAUGUUAACACAGGAUCAGUCAAAGUUCAAAGCAGCAUGGACAGAGAAUCAUACUAUGUCACAGACAGCAAAUACACGGUCCUCAUUUUGGCUUACGAUGAUGAUAAUAAUCCAGCUACAGGCACAGGAACUCUGGUUGUAACUUUAUUGGACGUGAACGACCACCUUCCUGUGAUCAAGCAGAGAAAAGCCAGUCUAUGCAACAGCAACCCUUCUCCUGCCCUCCUGGACAUAGAGGACCUAGAUGGACCAAGUUACUCGGGGCCAUUUACUGUGGAGCUUCAAGGAGAACACAGAAUCAACUGGACUGUCAACACCAAUUCAACAAGUAACGUGGCAACCCUGGCCCCCAAACGAGACUUAUCUCCUGGGGAUUAUUAUGUCCUGAUGCGCAUUUAUGAUGUUGGCAUGCGCUCCCAAGACAGUACACUAUACGUAGAGGUGUGCCAAUGCGAAGGAGCCGUGUCCUCCUGCUUCGUCCCACCUCCUGCCCCUCGGCUACUCAAUCCUUCUGUCACAACCUCAGCUCUGGGAGCAGUUUUUGGUGUUUUGUUGCUGCUUCUGCUCCUCCUGCUGUUGCUGAGAAGGAGGAGGAAGAUGAAAAAGGAUGCUCCUCUCCUUGAAGAUCUGCCCAGAGAUAACAUCUGCUACUACGAUGAGGAGGGAGGAGGUGAAGAAGACCAGGACUAUGACCUCAGCCAACUCCACAGAGGGCUUGAUAACCGACCUGAAGUCUUCUGCACUGACGUGUUUCCCACUGUCCAGAGCCGCCCGGGCUACCGGCUACAAAUCCAAGAUAAUGAAGAGAUUGGAAAAUUCAUCGAGGAUAACCUGCACGCUGCAGACAGUGACCCCACAGCUCCUCCUUACGACUCCCUCCUGGUGUUUGACUAUGAAGGUGCAGGUUCUGAGGCGGAUUCUCUCAGCUCGAUCAACUCCUCAGACUCAGAUGAGAAGCAGGACUUUCAGAGUUUAGGUCAAUGGGGACCACGUUUCAGCAGAUUGGCUGACCUGUACACAGGAGGGAUAGAGGAGGACGACGACUCUGAAACACUGCCAGGAAAAACAGAAUGGGUCUGACAUGGCCCUGCAUAUUAAUAAAUCCUCUAAGUUUGUGUCCAUCUGCCCCAGAUCUUUGGAGUGCUGUGUGACCUCCUUCUGCUGCCUUCUGCGGCUUGUCAAGAGUUUUCAGCACCAACUUUUGCACCAGCUUG